AUGAAAGAUAUGGGUAAGCUUCAUUACUGUCUUGGAGUAAACAUUAAAACGAUGGACGGUGUUUUGCAAAUGGGCCAAGAGCAGUAUAUUCACAAGAUAUUGCACAAGUACAAGUUACAAGAUUGUAAACCUGUAUCGACGCCGAUGGAUGUGAAUGUGAAGCUGGUGAAAGAUGAUGGUUACAGCAAAGCAGUAGAUCCUGUUAAGUACCAAUCGAUGGUUGGAAGUUUUAUUUAUGCAGCUAUAGCUACUCGACCCAACAUAGCUCACGCAGUUGGUACUCUAGCAAAGUUUAACUCGUCCCCUAAUGAAGCACAUCCUACUGCUGUCAAUCGUGUAUUUCGCUAUCUGAAGGGAACAGUUAAACUGCAUCUCCAGUACGAAGCAAGUGAUAAAGGUAUGGAAGGAUAUUCUAACGCAGAUUGGGCCGCAGAUUCACAUGAUCGAAGAUCUACUUCUGGCAACGUAUUUGUAAUGUCCAAUGGUGCCAUUAGUUGGGCAAGCCAGAAGCAACCUACGGUAGCACUUUCACCAGCUGAAGCCGAAUAUAUCGCCCUUUGCUUAGCAACUCAAGAAAGUGUAUGGUUACGACAACUAAGCAAGGACUUGCAAAUAAAUUGUUCGAGUCCAACCACUAUUAACGAGGACAAUCAAGGGACAAUCACAAAGUCAAAAAAUCCUGUUUUACACAAGCGCACAAAGCAUAUCGAUAUUAAAGCUGGGUUACAGUCCAUUCUGCGCAUGUCUCAAAUGUGUACACAUUUUGUAAACAUUGUCAUAGAUUAA